AUGACGAUUUUCAAAUUUAUUUACGCCAGCUUGCUAGCUGUGGCCCCUUUGGCUUAUGGAUUUGAGGACCGCGACUGUACCGGCAUCAACGCCAUUCAUCCUCAGUGCCGAAACGCCGAUGCCGUUCCGUACCUCAGGGACUUUUUCUAUGUUGGCGGUCGCGCUCUGGAUACUGCCUCCGGCGAACUCACCGCCGACAAACUCUAUGUCGAAAAGCUUAGCCCAGUCCUUCCCCUGCGAGAAACACCCAUCGUUUUCUUCCACGGGGGAGGAUGCAGUGGUACGUCUUGGCUCAAUACGCCUGACAACCGCAAAGGAUUUGCUAGCUACUUCAUUGAGGAGGGCUACGUUGUGUACAUCGUGGAUGCUGUUGGCAAUGGCCGGAGCACCAACAUGGACUUGGAGGGAUUCCCAUUGACGGCGGGAUCAUCUUCGACUUUGGUCGAAAUGGGAUUCUCCGCUCCUGAGUUCUACAACGGCUAUCCCCAGUCUCAACUGCAUACACAAUUUCCCGGCACCGGAAGAGCCGGCGAUCCAACUUUCGAAAACUUCAAGAACUCCAUGGUUCCAUACACUACUAACAACAUCACCUUCGAGAACGCCAUGCGAUCUAGCGGAUGCAAGCUUCUCAGCCUGAUCGGCAAGUCGUACGUAAUUGGCCACUCCGCUGGUGGUUCUGCAGGUAUUCUGCUCUCCAACGAUUGUCCGGAACUCGUGGCUGCCAACAUCAAUCUUGAAUCAUCAACUAUUCCAUUCUUUUGGUACACAUACGGAACUGCCGGGUUCUUCAACAAUGCCUGGGGUUUGGCCAAUACCCCUCUGAACUACACUCCGCCUAUUUCCGAUCCUUCUGAGCUCAAAAGGGUUGAGGUUGGAAACUCUACCACGGCCAAGCGCAGCUGCUUCCGUCAAGUCGAGCCGGCACGCAAAUUACCCAAUAUCGCAAGUGUUCCAUACCUCAUGAUCACGGCUGAGGCAAGCGUUCACGUCACUUAUGAUCAUUGCAUUGUGGAAUACAUGAGGCAGAUCGGCGCGAAACCUGAAUGGAUCAAACUUGCAGAGAGAGAUAUCCUUGGAAACGGGCACUUUAUGCAUAUCGAGAAGAAUAACGGUGAAGUCGCCAAGCUGGUGCUGGAUUGGAUCGGGGGUAAAGACGAUUUGAUCUGA